UCCAACCCAUCAGUACAUGCAGUCCUCUCCUCCAGUGUGAUCUCGUCAGUUGUCUGUCCCAGCCCAAGCAAUGGGAGCACCAGUGCUCCUCUUAGCCCUGGCCCUAUUCCCAGUGGCAGCUGCAGCAAGCCUGGAACCUCACUAUAUGGUGGUGUUCCCUGCUAUCAUUCAGCAGUCCCACGAGGAGAAGCUCUACAUUCACUUCAGCUCCCUAACUGAGGCCAUCCACCUGGCUGUCACCUUGCAGACAGAAACCCGGAAUCACACACUGGUGGAGCAGGAUGUGGAGAAGCCAGGCACUUUUCAGAGCAUCACUUUCCAGGUGCCAGACCUCAUGCUAAUUCCCAAGAAAACAGAUGAUUCCAAGACACAGCCAGAGGAGGUGGUUUUUCUGCAUGUCCUGAUCCACAGUGGAGACAAUGUGCUCUUUGAGGGUCACAAGAAAGUUCUGGUCAAGCCUCAGAAGAAUAUAACUCUGAUAGAGACAGACAAGGGCUUAUACAAACCUGGAGAAACAGUGAAAUUUCGAAUUGUGAACCUUAAUGAGAACCUUAAGGUCAUUAAAAAUGAGUAUUCCCAGAUAUGGCUGCAAGAUCCUGAAUACAACCGUAUUGCUGAGUGGCUGAAUGUAAAGUCAAAUCAUGGCAUUGUGGAUCUAUCCUUCCCCCUGGCCUCCGAAGCAUCCCUUGGGAAGUACACCAUCUCAGUGCAGCAGCACAUGGCUCAAAAAACCUUUUUUGUUAAGGAAUACGUGCUGAAAAAAUUUGAGAUGAAGAUUGAGCACCCUCCACAUAUCACUACAGCAGAUGAGGAAUUUCAGCUGGAGGUCUGUGGCAAGUAUACUUAUGGGAAGCCUGUUGAAGGGAAAGUAGAAAUUACUGUUAUGACAUUCUCCCAGGCCAUGGAAGACAGUGCUAGAAGUUCUGCGAUUCAGAAGCAAAACAGCUGGACAAAUAAGGAUGGCUGCGCUACUUUCACAGUGAAGACAGAAGCUCUGGAAAUAAAUGAAGCUGACAGCCAUGUAAUUGCAGUAGGAAAACUGGUGGAAAAUGGAACAGGAGCACAUUCUGUGGAGAAUGUUCUAAUUCCUGUUGCAACAAUAAUGAAAUCUAUAGAGUUUAUCAACCUCCAUCCAUUCUACAAACGUGGGAUACCAUACACAGGGAAGAUGUUCUGCCACAGUGCAAAUUCUCCCCUCAGAAAUGAAACAGUCCAUCUAAUAAUUGACGUCAAUGAUGAGGAGACAUGUCUGUCACUCCUCACAGAUGAGAAGGGGGAAGCUCACUUCACACUGGAUACCACCAGCUGGAACAGCACGAUGGUUUCUCUGAGGGGUACCUACACCCCUCCAACUGAAGAUAGUCCAUUUUCUCCUGAAAGUAAAAUAGAGGACAGCUUCCACUGGCUGAAACCUUUUUACUCUGAGAGCAACAGCUUCCUUGAGAUCAAGGCCAAGAAUGAUGUGAUGUCCUGUGAUCAAGAGCAGGAAGUGCACGUGGAUUAUAUCCUUUCCCAGAAUAAACUCCGCCCUGGAGAAGACCACAUUGAUUUCUACUACUUGGUGAUAGCAAAAGGCAAGAUCCUUUUCAGCAGAGAGAAGAAGGUGCCAAUUACCCACCAUGAGAAUCUGCAGGGCUCCUUCUCAUUGACUCUGCCUGUUGGCAAUGACUUCCUGCCUGACAUCAAGCUUCUGGUGUAUGCGAUCUUCUCGGAUGGAGAGGUGGUGGCUGAUGUGGAGCAGUUUGAAGUAGAAAAGUGCUUUAGACAUAAGGUGGUGCUGGAAUUCUCACACAAGGAGGAAGUCCCGGGAUCCAAAGUCAGACUCAACCUCAAGGCUGCUCCAGGGUCCCUGUGCUCUGUGCAAGCUGUUGACAAGAGCAUCCUCCUGGAGAACAACCAAACCCUAACAGCAGACAGAUUGUAUAUGGAAGUCUUUGAAGACAGCUUCACGGUUGGAGGACGAGGCUUGCCUUACCACUUGGAGGACUUUGAGGCAUAUCCCUGUCUGCCCCAGCAGCCCAGCCCCCACAAAAAGGCUCGGAUGGGUGCACCAUGGUACCAAAGCGAGGCUGAUGUCUAUAAUCUGUUUAAGAAACUGCUCAUGAAAAUAUUUACCAACACUAGAAUCAAGAAACCUGUUUCCUGUGUGCGUCCAGACUUUGAGAAAAAGAUGUAUCUAAGAAAAGACAAUUUGGUUGGCGGCCGUGCUAUCCAUGCCGAUUCUGAACCUCACUCUGCUGACAAGGAGAAGCCAAAACCACGGACACUUUUCCCAGAGACCUGGAUUUGGGAUUUGGUCUCUGUCGGGGGCAAUGGGCAAGCGUCUCUCCAAGUUGCUGUACCUGACACCAUCACAGAAUGGAAUGCCAACACCUUCUGUGUUGCCAAUACUGGCUUUGGUUUCUCACCUCUGACCUCUCUUAGGGUCUUCCAGCCUUUCUUUGUGGAUGUAUCUCUGCCAUACUCUGUGAUCCAAGGAGAGACUUUCGGCCUAAAAGCCACUGUCUUCAACUACCUCAAGGACUGUAUCCAGGUCCACACCACCCUCACAGAGACCCCAGAACUAAAGGUGGAUGCCUGUCCAAGCUGCCAGUUCACCAGCUGCCUCUGUGCCAAUGAAGCAAAAACCUUUGUAUGGAACGUGACUGCGACCAGGCUGGGCAGAGUGAACGUCACCGUGAGCAGCGUGGCGGAAGAAUCACACAGUCUGUGUGGUAACAGGAUUGCUGUGACACCUUUGCAAGGAGGGAGAGACGCCGUGAUAAAACCUCUGCUCGUGAAGCCAGGAGGUGUCCUACAAGAGAAGACCCAAAAUAUCUUUCUCUGUCCUGCAGAUAACACCAUCUCUGAGGAGUUCUCCCUGACUCUGCCUGCAGAAGUGCUGGAGGGAUCUGCCCGAGUCACGUUCUCUGUGAUUGGUGACAUCAUGGGUCCAGCACUUCAAAAUUUAGACCAGCUGCUAAGAUUGCCCUUUGGCUGUGGUGAACAGAACAUGGUCCAGUUUGCACCAAACAUCUUCAUACUCCAGUACCUGAAUAAGACUAAACAACUGAACCCAGAAAUUAAGAAUAAAGCACUGAAAUUUCUGACAACAGGUUACCAGCGUCAGCUGCUCUACAAACACGACGAUGGCUCCUACAGCGCCUUUGGGAAAGGUGAUGAGCAGGGCAACACGUGGCUGACAGCUUUUGUAGCCAGGUCCUUUGGACAAGCCAGCUCUCACAUUUACAUCGAUAAGGACCACGUGCACAGUGCUCUGCUCUGGCUGCAGAAGCACCAGCUGCCCAGUGGCUGCUUCCAGAGUGUGGGGAAGCUCUUCAACAAUGACCUGAAGGGCGGUGUGGAUGAUACCAUCUCAUUAACAGCCUAUAUUGCUGCUGCACUGGUGGAACUCCAUCUGGAGAGAAAUGACACCAUGUUGGAUAAUGCCUUACAUUGCCUUAGGAAUGUAACACUUGAUGAGACAAGCCUUUAUGUCAAGGCCUUGAUGUCUUAUGUCUUCACACUAAGUAAGGACAUGGAGAUGAGAAAGCAGCUCCUGGAUAUGGUAGAGAAGGAAACUGCACAGCUACUGACAUCACAAUCUGCUGAUGAAAAGUCUUCUUCCAUGAUUGAGACAGUAGCCUACAUCAUCCUGGCUCAUAUCUCCAAACCAGACUUGUCACUCAAUGAAGCCUCGGUGAGCAAGCUUGUGCGCUGGCUCAGUGGACAAAGAAAUGCCUUUGGAGGAUUUGCUUCCACACAGGACACGGUUGUCAGCCUGCAGGCCCUCGCUCAGUAUGCAGCCCUGAUUCCUCAGGAGAUCAGAGAUGUCAAGGUGGUAGUGAAAGGCAAGGGGGCUUCUCCACUGGAGUUCCAUGUGCUCAGGAACAACAAGUUGGUCCUGCAUCAGGCAUCUCUCCCUGCAGACACAGGGACCUACACAGUGCAAGCGACGGGCAGUGGCUGCGUUUAUGUCCAGACCACUUUGUAUUAUAACAUCCCACCACCAAAAACAGAAGAGGUCUUUGUCCUGGAUGUGGAAACUGUACCAAGAGAAUGUGAUGGUGUCAGGAAAGAGUUUGAUAUCCAUGUGUCUGUCAGUUAUGUAGGGGACCGUGGGACGAGUAACAUGGCCCUGGUGGAGGUUGAAAUGCUGUCAGGGUUCAUUCCUGUGCAGAGCUCUGUGAAAGAGCUGGAGAAGGCACCCCUCGUGAAAAAGACAGAGAUAAAACCAGACAAAAUCACAAUCUACUUGGAGGAGCUGGGUGAGAGUUCUUUGAAGCUUAACAUCUCAGUGGAACAAGAUAUUGAAGUGCAGAAUCUGAAAGCUGCAACAGUGCAUGUCUAUGACUACUAUAAGCCAGAUGACCGCACAGCAAGAGAAUAUGCUUUCCCUUGCAGUUCAGUCCUUGCAGCAUCCCAAACCUAAGUACAACUGGAAAUGGCUGUGUCAAUGAUAAAAAGAUGUUGCAACUCAUCACGUAAGAUCUCUCAGUCCACAGACACCUUCCUAAAAAUUCAUCAGGCACUUUGCCUUUUCUUUCCUCUUUCUUACCACAGAUGCCUCAAAGAAGGUUUCCUCCUAGUAUGCUCUGCCUCUGCAACCUGAAUUUUCUGCCUCCAUAGGGAAAACUUCACUGCUCCAGCUCUCCUCUUCCCUGCUGUGUUGGAAACACCCUAUUUCCUUUGCCCUAUGUUUCUAUGUGAAAACUGGCUUAAUACACAUUAGUUUGGGAGCAAGUGAAAUAAAGUAUGUGGAGCCUGGAAAGAAGGCAGUGACUUGA